GCCCCCGUCCGCUGUGCGCGCGCUGGCCGGGCAGCAUGGCGGCGGCGGCGGGUGCCCCUCUGCCGGGUCCGUCGCAGCCUCCGCCGCCGCCGCCCGAGGAGUCGUCGGACAGCGAGCCCGAGGCGGAGCCCGGCUCCCCGCAGAAGCUCAUCCGUAAGGUGUCCACGUCCGGCCAGAUCCGCCAGAAGACCAUCAUCAAAGAGGGGAUGCUGACGAAACAGAACAAUUCAUUCCAACGAUCAAAGAGGAGAUACUUUAAGCUUCGGGGGCGAACGCUGUACUAUGCAAAAACUGCAAAGUCAAUCAUUUUUGAUGAGGUGGAUCUGACAGAUGCUAGUGUGGCUGAAUCCAGCACCAAAAAUGUCAACAACAGUUUUACGGUCAUCACACCGUGCAGGAAGCUCAUCUUAUGUGCUGAUAACAGAAAGGACAUGGAAGACUGGAUGGCGGCCCUGAAGACUGUCCAGAACAGGGAGCAUUUUGAGCCCACCCAGUACAGCAUGGACCACUUCUCAGGGACCCACAACUGGUACGCCUGCUCGCACGCACGGCCGACCUACUGCAACGUGUGUCGCGAGGCCCUCUCCGGGGUCACGUCCCACGGGCUGUCCUGUGAAGUGUGCAAAUUUAAAGCCCACAAGCGUUGUGCUGUGCGUGCAACCAAUAACUGCAAGUGGACCACGCUGGCCUCGAUCGGGAAGGAUAUCAUCGAGGAUGAAGACGGGAUCGCCAUGCCCCACCAGUGGCUGGAAGGAAACCUCCCCGUGAGUGCCAAGUGCACUGUGUGCGACAGGACCUGCGGCAGCGUGCUGCGCCUGCAAGACUGGCGCUGCCUGUGGUGCAAGGCCAUGGUGCACACGUCAUGUAAAGACUCGCUGCUGACCAAGUGUCCGCUUGGCCUGUGCAAAGUGUCCGUCAUUCCGCCCACGGCUCUGAACAGCAUCGAUUCAGAUGGGUUCUGGAAGGCAACAUGUCCUCCCUCUUGCACCAGCCCAUUGUUGGUCUUUGUCAACUCAAAAAGUGGGGACAACCAGGGUGUGAAGUUCCUUCGAAGAUUCAAACAACUGCUGAACCCUGCCCAGGUCUUUGACCUCAUGAAUGGGGGACCACAUCUUGGCUUGCGGUUAUUCCAGAAGUUUGAUACGUUCCGGAUUCUGGUUUGUGGCGGGGAUGGCAGCGUUGGCUGGGUCCUCUCUGAAAUCGAUAGCCUCAAUCUUCACAAACAGUGUCAGCUGGGAGUGCUGCCUCUCGGGACAGGAAACGACCUGGCCCGCGUGCUGGGCUGGGGCUCCGCCUGUGACGACGACACCCAGCUUCCCCAGAUCUUGGAGAAGCUGGAGAGAGCCAGCACCAAAAUGCUGGACAGGUGGAGCAUCAUGGCCUACGAGAGCAAACUCCCACGGCCGGCCUCCUCCUCGACGGUCACCGAGGACUUCAGCGAGGACUCUGAGGUGCAGCAGAUCCUCUUCUAUGAAGACUCGGUUGCCGCCCACCUCUCCAAGAUGCUCACCUCCGACCAGCACUCUGUGGUCAUCUCGUCAGCCAGAGUGCUCUGUGAAACGGUGAAGGACUUUGUGGCUCGGGUGGGGAAGGCCUACGAGAAAACCCCCGAGAGUUCAGAAGAGUCGGAAGUCAUGGCCAAGAAGUGCUCCGUCCUGAAGGAGAAGCUCGACUCUCUCCUCCGGACCUUGGACGAUGAGUCCCAGGCCUCGUCCUCGCUGCCAAACCCGCCCCCGACCAUUGCCGAGGAGGUGGAAGACGGGGACGGGCCCAGCAGCGUCUGUGGCUCCACCGGGGACCGCUCAGUGGGGCCAGCCUGCCCCUCCCGGCCACAGAUCUUCCGGCCUCGGGAGCAGCUCAUGCUCAGGGCCAACAGCCUGAAAAAGGCCAUUCGUCAGAUCAUCGAGCACACGGAGAAAGCUGUCGAUGAGCAGAAUGCGCAGACCCAGCACCAGGAAGGUUUCAUCUUAGGUCUGUCUGCGUCAGAGGAUAAGAAGGACCUGAAGACAGAAAACAGGGUGUGCUCCCCGCUGCCCCACAGCGAGAACUGUGGCCUUGCCCGAGGCAGGGGCCACCUCCGAGUGUCCAGAUCCCCGUGUGAAAAGCUAAUAAGCAAAGGAAGUUUGUUGCUGGGCAGUUCUGCUUCUCUUCCUCCCCAGUCAGGAAACAGGGACGGCCUGCCAGCCCUGAACACAAAGAUUCUGUACCCCAAUGUCCGGGCUGGGAUGUCGGGGUCCUUGCCAGGGAGCUCAGUCAUCAGUCGCUUAUUGAUUAAUGCCGAUUCCUUUAACUCUGAACCAGAAAACCUAGAGUACUACACCGAGAAGUGUGUCAUGAACAAUUACUUUGGCAUCGGCCUGGAUGCAAAGAUAUCCCUGGAUUUUAAUAACAAGCGUGACGAGCACCCGGAGAAAUGCAGGAGUAGAACUAAGAAUAUGAUGUGGUACGGGGUUCUCGGAACCAAGGAGCUGCUGCACAGAACCUACAGGAACCUGGAGCAGAAGGUCUUGCUGGAGUGUGACGGGCGCCCGAUCCCACUCCCCAGUCUUCAGGGAAUUGCUGUCCUCAACAUUCCCAGCUAUGCCGGAGGGACCAACUUCUGGGGGGGCACCAAGGAAGAUGAUACUUUCACAGCCCCGUCAUUCGACGAUAAGAUCUUGGAGGUGGUGGCCGUGUUUGGCAGCAUGCAGAUGGCCGUUUCUCGUGUCAUCAGGCUGCAGCAUCACCGAAUCGCCCAGUGCCGUGCUGUGAAGAUCUCCAUCCUUGGGGACGAGGGCGUCCCUGUGCAGGUAGACGGAGAGGCCUGGAUCCAGCCCCCGGGGUACAUCCGGAUCAUCCACAAGAACCGGGCACAGACACUGACCAGAGACAGGGCAUUUGAAAACACCCUCAAGUCCUGGGAGGACAAGCAGAAAUGUGAGCUGCCCCGCCCUGCAUCUUUCUCUCUGCACCCGGAGGUCCUGUCCGAGGAGGAGUCCACCCAGAUGGAUGCGUUUGGGCGGGCGGCAGGUGCCCUCAUUCACAGUAUCCGGGAGAUCGCUCAGUCCUAUCAGGACAUGGAGCAGGAGCUCGCUCAUGCCGUCAACGCUAGUUCCAAGUCCAUGGACCGCGUGUACGGCAAACCCCGAGCCGCAGAGGGGCUGAACUGCAACUUUGUCCUUGAGAUGGUGAACAGCAUCAGGGCUCUGCGCAGCGAGACGGAGCUGCUGCUGGCCGGGAAGAUGGCCCUGCAGCUGGACCCCCCCCAGAAGGAGCGGCUCGGGGCUGCUCUUGCCGAGCUGGACCUGCAGCUCAGGAAGCUGGUGGACACGCCCUGGCUCUGCCAGCCCCCGGAGCCUGGUGACGAAGAGAAUGUGAUGUUGGAUCUUUCCAAACGCAGCCGCAGUGGUAAAUUCCGCCUCGUAACCAAGUUUAAAAAGGAGAAAAACAACAAGAACAAAGCAGCUCACAGCAGCCUGGGAGCCCCGGUUCACCUCUGGGGGACAGAGGAGGUUGCUGCCUGGCUGGAGCACCUCAGUCUCUGUGAGUAUAAGGACAUCUUCAUGCGGCACGACAUCCGGGGCUCUGAGCUCCUGCACCUGGAGCGGAGGGACCUCAAGGACCUUGGUGUGACCAAAGUGGGCCACGUGAAGAGGAUCCUCUGUGGGAUCAAGGAGCUGAGCCGGAAUCCUCCUGCCGCCGAGGCCUAGUAGCCGUCGUCUUGGCCUGCUUCCCCCGGUUCGCCUGGGACCGAGGGCCACCGGCCCCCGAUCUGCCCGCCAGCGAGCACGGGCUCCUCGCUCAUGGUGCUACUUCUUCUGCUAGCGACAGGAAGCCUCCCGGACGCCGGUUCUGUGACAGCACCGGGGUCUUGGACAUACCAACGUAGCUACCUUCAGACUCCUCCACCGCCCCGUCUCCGGGCCAGACGUGAGUGCCCUAAGCUCCCGCCUCUUGUGGACAUGAGUCAGGGGCUGCAGGUGACUGUAGCAUGUGGCCUUCUGGGAACGGGCACUCCAGCAGGGACAGCGUUACCAGACCCUUCUCUGUGCGCCCUUCGAGGGCACAUCACAUGGCACCGUCUCAGGAGCCUGGAAUGUUCUUUGAGCUCCUAGUGCCCGUCCGUCAAGGCUGUGGUUCUUCACGGCUGCCCUGCGAGGCAGCUCACUGCACUGGGCCUGUUUACGAGUAAGGAUUUAUCAACAGAAGUCUGCUGUGUCCUGUUUGAGAGUGGCAUGGAUAUAUUUCCAGUCUCAUUUGUUUUAAUUUGUCAUGAAGAGAAAGAAAAAAUGCCACACCUUUUUUGGUCAGGUGAAUGGUGACACCCCUGCGCUGGCAAUCACGUCUGCACGUGUCUCAUGGCCUUUGCUCACUCAGCCCUGAGAAAGAUUCUGUCAUCAGUCGAGUCCCCCUUGCACAGAGGACUGUUAUUUGCACUGGCUGAGUGUUUCUGUGCAGUCAGUUUCCUGUGCUCUGGGCAAAUGCUUUUCCUCCACUCUGGGAAAACAAGCUCAGGUCCCAGGGCGGAUGUCCAGGCCGGGCAGGGACCCUGGGUCCUUCCUCCUUCCCCAGUGGUGGCGGGAGGCUGUCCCAGGAGUCGCUGGUCUCUCUCACGGGCAGCUGGGGGCCUGGGCUCUAGCCCUGGAGUGGGGCUGGGAGCGGUGGGGGAGCGGGGAGGGCCGGCUGUGAGGCAGCCGGGUGCCCCUGUCUCACUGCAGCGCCCACCUGGGCCGGGCCUGCCGGGGCGGGCAGGGCUCCUGGGGAGAAGACCGAAGUCUGUGGGGACCUGGGCUCUGGCCUCCAGGACGGCCCUCCAGGGCACAGCCCCUGGUCUGCCCGGCCGGGACGUGGCCCUUUCCCCCCCUUCCACGGUGCUCGCGCCUCAGGAGGCUCCCGGUGGGCCCUGGGAGAGUUCGCUGUAAACGAGCCUGGGGCGGGGGAGGCUCCACUGGCCUGUUAGUGGGGUCCACCCUAUUCACAAAGGGGGAGAUGGGCUUGAGGCGGUGGGAGCCUGCAGGCCUGGGGCUGGGCCUGGGCCGUGGUGUCUGCUGCAGCCUGGCUCUGGAGGGAGGUGAGGGCUGAGCAGAUCUUCCUCGCCCCUGCUAUACAGAAGCCUUCACUGGGGGCCCCCGUGGCUCCCCUGCCUGCCCUGGCCGUGUCCCUACCUCUGUGGCUUGGGCGCCCCCACCCGUGGUCCCUCCUGAGCACUGGGGCAGGCGGGACUGCCCGGGUCUCCAGGCCCAGGUACCACUGCCCGGGCCUCCCCGGCCGUGAGGGCGAGGGCUUCUGCGUGGAGGCACGUGCGCUCCGUCCGUGACGUGGCCGCCCCACUCGGCCCCUCUCCCGCCCUGGGAGUCUGUUUCCCACCAGAACAGUUGUCUUAGGGUGACAGAGGUUGAGAAAGAAAAAAUCUAGGUAUCAGCCAGAGAUCGCUUCACUUUUACAGUAGAAAAGGCAAAAAGGAGUUGUGGAAGCCCAGGCCUGGAGCCACAUCUGCUGCGCUGGGCAGGUGGGAGGCGGGGACGGCGCCCACGGACUGCACGGCCUCCAGCCCGGGCACCAGCGCCGUCCUGCCCCGCGCGGCCUCCCCGUGGAAAUCUUUGGGUUUGGGUCCAAGAGGAUUGUUUAAAGUGAACACGCUGUCAGUGAUUUAAAACAGCACUAUUUACGGCAGAGCCAUUUUCCUGACCAUGAUAAGUUAGAACUGAGGCGGAGUGACGUGGGUCUCCUCGAUGGCCGUGGGGCUCCGUGCUGGCUGCUGUCCUCGCUGCCCCCGGGGGCUCUGCCAGCCCCUGCUGCCGCCCCAGGGCUGUGCCUUGGGGCCUGGGGUGGACGAGCCCGUCCCUGGCAAGGAAGGGAGGCAGGGUCCCUUGCAGGGGAGUGGAGAAAGGUUUUGUGCCCUCGGGUGGGGCUGAUCCCUCAUAUUUAUAGUCUUAAUUUAUACAGUGAUAACCGUGCAAACAAAUGACUCUUGUAUUGUUAUGUACAUAGUCCGGAUCUGAUUGUUGUAAAUAAGUCGUUCUUGUGUAUAAAUAAAACAAGGCUGUUUUUGAUCUUC